AUGAGCGACAGAGACAGGAGCUCCGACAGGGGCGCGCGUGUAUACGUAGGAGGCCUAGAACACGGAGUGAAAAAAGAGGAUCUCGAACAGGAAUUCCAGAAAUUCGGCAAACUCAACAACGUCUGGAUAGCGCUCAACCCUCCAGGUUUCGCUUUCAUCGAAUUCGCUAACGAAACCGAUGCGGAAGCUGCCUGCGACAGCCUCAACGGAAUCGACUUUUUAGGUUCCAAACUUCGAGUCGAAAUCGCCAAAGGUAGAUCUAGAGGAGGCGGUCGAGGUGGUGGCGGCGGAGGCGGCUUCAGGGGUGGUCGAGGUGGUCGCGGAGGCGGCAGAGAUGGCGGAUUCCGCGACGGAGGUGGUUUCAGAGGUCGCGGUGGUGGCGGUGGAGGCGGAGGUUUCCGCGACGGCGGUAGACAAGGAGGCGGCGGCGGCGGCGGAUUUAGGGGCGGCAGACGAGAUGAUGGGGAUCGUUUCGGGGGCAGAGAUUUUAACAGGAGGAGCGAUUCGUUUGGUAGUGGAGGCGGUGGAAGGGGCGGAGGCGGACCGAAGAGGUUUGGCAGUGGCGGCGGACGAGGUGGCGGUUCCUACAGAUCCAGAUCGCCAAUGGGUGGCCCUAGGCGUUAA